AUAAUUUUAUACCUGAUUCCUGAACCUCAGAACCUGAUACGUUGAGGUGAGCAGUUGAGACUUGAGAGAGGCUGAGGCGGAGAGCAGAGAAUCAGAGAGAGGCUGAGGCGGUCCAGCUGGAGACUGAACAGUGGAGACUGGAGACUAGAGAGAGGCGGAGAGCAGAGACUAGAGAGAAAGGGUUUUGAUUGGAGACAUGGACAGAGAAACACUGAAUAUAAAGAAAUGGACUGUAUUUUACCCAGUUUACAUAAACUCGAAGAAGACAGUGGCCGAAGGGAGGCGGAUAAGCUUGAGCAAUGCUUGUGAAAAUCCCACUUGUGUUGAGAUCAAUGAUUGUUGCAGCCAUCUCAAACUCCCUAGUGCUAUUGAGUUAGACAAGGCUUAUCCACGCGAUUUUAUGCAAAGAGGGAGAGUGAGGGUAUUGCUGAAAAAGGAGGAUGGGACUCUGUGCAAUCCAGCUAUUACUUCCAGGAAACAGUUGAUGCUCCGUGUUGCUGAGCUAGUACCUCGGCAUCCUGGGAGGGUGAAGAAGCAGGAGCCUGCAGCUGCAUCAACUGCUGGACCUUCAAAAUCUUCCAAGGGUGGCAAAAAGAAGAGAUAGAUCCAAUAUUGUGAAUGCUAAUAAGAAUUUCACUUUUGACACCCAAUUCUCUAUAGGUUUCCAAUUUUCUCAAGGGGUUGAAUCAAAGCAGUUGUAACAUUUUAAUUGGUUUAGCAUCUUGGUCUGGUUUGCUUGGGAAAUUUUCAUUUUCAUUAUGCUUGAAAGUAAAACCAACAACUACAAAAUUGGCAGGACUUAAAUUGAGUGCUCAGCUUUGUUGUUACUUUUAUUUCUGGCCUUCGAAAACACUGGCUGUAAUUUGCAAUCUGCAUGAAAUGUGAAAUAUAUUAAGGA